CAACGACGGCACGGCAGCAGUCAGUGGCAAUCUGGACUCGUUCCAUGCGAGUCACGCGCUCUUGGAACAGCAGCAGCAGCAGCGCGGCAGAGAUCGGCUCCAUAGCCUUAGGAGAGACAAAAGCCCUCCAAAGCAUCAGUAACCGUGUCGGACAUCGAAAGGAACGGACGGAGGAGGAGGGCGUCUCUUGCUUCGUGUCGCCUCCAAGAGAGGGGGAGUUGCUCUCACGUAUAGAUAUAAUACAGAAAGACAGUGACGGUUAAUCCUCCGAAGGGGGGGAGAUUGAACGCCCUCGCCUCCCCGUGGACACGUUCCAACAGGCGUGGUGUCUCGUCCAUCCAUCCAGCCAGCCGCCCCCUGACUCUACUGCAGCAGCAGCAGCAGCAGCAGCGCCCUUCCACGCCCCUCCCCAUUGCCUGGUGUUAUCGCCAUGACGGAGGGGGCGUGGCCGUUAGGGAGGUAGAGGAAAGGAGAGGAGGAGGAGGAGUAGGAGUAGGAGGUAGUGCAGAAGAGACACGGUGGAGGAGGUUGGUGCGAGCAGAGGCCAUGUGCCUGGAAUCUACCGCAGCGUAAUUGACAACAAGAACAACAACAGCUGGAGGGAAAUAAAUAAUCAUCUUGCACUGUCGAGGAGCGUAUGGUGUACUGUAAACAAAUUGACUCGGUGCUCGGAAUGGGUUUUGCUGAUGUCUCGUCCUUUGGAGGAAUGCGCCCAUGAAGAAGUCCCCCUCCCUCCCCAUGGUUCUUUCAUUCCCCAGGCAAUUCCCAUCUUCCAGCACACUCCAUUUCCCUGCCUUCCCCCUUUCUCUUUCUCUCUCUCUCACUUCCUCAUUCCAGUGAAUAGGGGAGAGAGAGUUGGAAUGUGUAUUCGACGAGCCUCAGGAAUCCAUUAGGAAUCAGAGACAGCUGUCGCAUCUGCUGUUUAGCUGUGAUGAUGCCGUUUGUUGUGCCUGGAUUGCGGUGUCGUGUCGUCAUCGAUUAGGAGAAUCUCUCGUGAGUGUCUUGUCUGUCAGAGGCAUUUUAUCAUCAUCAGCUGUUGUUUUACUGCCAAAGCUGCUGCUUUCAGCCGUGUCGUUCCUUCCUUCGUGGCCUCGUUGAUGGCAAGAAGCGGUUCGGGUAUAUCUAGGAAGAGUUUCUCAGUGGAAAUGAUCUAUUUGUUCUCCGGGGUGCUUUGAUACCUUGUGGCAUCUGAUUAGAGACAUUGGAAAUAACCAGAGAAAAUAAAUAGAUUGUGGUACUGACAUUUAUCUGUCCCUGUGGAGAAAAGGACGAAGUAUUUCGUGUUCUGUUGCUCCACAGACAUGAAUUGGAGGAACAGUUGAAGAAACAAAAUAGAUAAGAGGGUCCCCGUCCACGCCCCCUUUUUGACACCUCCAGAAGACCCGGGACGAUGCAUUGACGGCGUUCGUCGUAUUUUUUUGCGCGAAUCUUCCCAAAGUGAGGUGGAGGAGGGACGACUCUUAUGUCCCCCUCUUUUCCCCUCUCUUGGCCUCACACCCAGCAACCACGAAGGUCAUCGUCCCCUCCUUCAUGUUCGCCGCCGUAGCGGGCACGGUGUGGCAUGUGAUGCGACGUAGGAUCGCCAGCGAAGGGCACCACCCUCUCCAGCAGCAGGACAUGGUCGAACUGAGUAGGAACUGCUGCAAAAGUAGGGGCGGACCUUGUGGAUGUAAGGUGGUUGGAGGCAAGGCCACCUCGUCGUCGUCGUCGUUUUGCCCGUGCCCAUGUUGGACUUGUCAGACCUUCAUUGAUUUCGAGUGCGUCCGCGUCUGUUGGAACUGGUAGGAGGGAAGGAAGGAAGGAAGGAAGGAAAGAGAGAAGGAGUGGGAGGUGUGUUGUGUGAAGUUGGAAGGAAGGGGUCGAUCAAUAUAUCCUAAAGAAAAAAGAAAAAAAAAAAACUGUCCCUGCAGUUGUUGAGAGGUCCUAUACCCCAUCCUACCUGUCCCCUUUGUCACCACCAACCUUCCUGCAUCCUAUUCCGCCGUCCUUUUCACGUCCCCAGGUCCCCCUUUUAUAUUUGAAGAAGAGCCCAGUGACGUUCCGUGGACAAUCCGAUCAAUCCCUCACAAAAAUCAUCCUGCCGUUACAGAGCGUAGGAAAGGAAGUAAAAUAUACCCAUAUCAUCCUCUGGCAUUCAGUGGGGGAAGAAAGGAGGGGGAAAUUCCUGCUAACACCAAUUACGAUCAGAGGGUCCUCGAAGUCCUAGAGAUUUCAAGGUGGGGCCCGAAUGCUUGUAGAGGGAGAGAGAGAGAGAGAGAAGGAAAAAAAAGAGAAGUGUGUUAAGGCGAUUUAAUGAGACUGCGGCAUCUGGUCCACCAGGGAGUGUUCUUACGAGCGAGAUAGAAAAGAGAAAAGGGUAAAAGGAGUAAAAAAAAGAAUAAAGUGGUUGGUGCUGGAUCAGAAAAAAAAGUGUAAGGUAAUAAAAAAAGUGCAUUUAUCUUAUCGGAGCUGACGUUAUUUCAAUAACCAGCGUAACUGCGCGUUGUCGCUUUCUCGUGUUUUGGGCCUGUUACGUGUUCGUCUGCUUGAAAUCCAAUAUAUUUUUUUUCGAAAAAAAUAACAAAAGGUCACCACGUGUUUUUGUGUACUGCAAGCGAACGUAGUACCUGUGGAGGAGAACAAAGGGGAAGAGAACACACCCCCCCCCCCCCCCCCACACACACACCUUAAAUUACUUGAACAAAGAAAACGUUUCCUUCCGUGAAUUAUAUAUCGAGAGUGAAACGUCUUCUUCGUCGCUUCUGUUUUUGAGAAACGUUUUGUGGUUUUUCGUCGUCAGCCCAUAUGAUAUCUUUGGAAGGAUUUGGGAAGUUCCCCGUGUUAGUACACCAUGUCAUCUGCCAUUAACGCCUAUCGCAUCAAGAAGAUAGAGAGCAUCGGGAGGAUGACGGCCCUCACGCAGGAGGAGGUGGUAUCCCACACGAGGACGGUGGUCCAGGGCCUCGAGGCCCUGCGGAACGAGCACAACUCCAUACUGACUGGGAUCAACAGCUCCCUCACACACCAGCAGCCGCCUGAUUCCAAUGUCGUCCAUGAGAAGGCUGGCAUCAUCCAGAAGUCCCUCGACCAGAUCGAGCUGGGGCUCUCUGAGGCACAGAUUAUGCUGGCCCUUGCAUCACACUUGCAAACUGUUGAAGCUGAAAAACAGAAGCUUCGCGCACAGGUAAGACGGUUGUGCCAGGAAAAUGCCUGGCUUCGUGAUGAAUUGGCCUCAACGCAGCAAAAGUUGCAAGCCUCAGAGCAACAUGUAGCACAAUUGGAGGAGGACAAGAAGCAUCUAGAAUUUAUGUCUACCAUCAAGAAAUACGAUGCUGAUGUCCAGGAUUCCGAGUCUUCAAUGGAAGAGAAGAAAGAUAAAAGUGAUGACCCUGUUGUCGAUCUCUUCCCCGAUGACGAUGCUGAUGAUAGGGCUGGUUUAAAGAGAAGCGGGGAAUUUGGGUCCCAGGCGUCCCUAGCAGCUAUGUCCCCAACACCUCCUUCUCAGUUCGCGCAGCAGGUCAAUGCUGGAUAUGAAAUUCCUGCACGCCUACGUACCCUGCACAACUUGGUCAUUCAGUAUGCAUCACAAGGGCGGUAUGAGGUAGCCGUUCCUUUGUGUAAGCAAGCUUUGGAAGAUCUAGAGAAGACAUCAGGACACGAUCAUCCUGAUGUUGCCACCAUGCUCAAUAUUCUGGCCCUCGUCUACAGGGAUCAAAAUAAGUAUAAAGAAGCUGCAAACCUGCUGAAUGAUGCUCUGGCAAUCCGAGAGAAGACUCUUGGAGAGAAUCAUCCAGCAGUUGCUGCAACAUUGAAUAACCUAGCUGUGUUAUACGGAAAGCGAGGGAAGUACAAGGAGGCGGAACCACUCUGCAAGAGGGCCCUAGAGAUCCGUGAAAAAGUCUUAGGAAGAGAUCACCCAGAUGUUGCCAAACAACUGAACAAUCUGGCUCUCCUCUGUCAGAAUCAGAUAUCUCAGGAGGAGCGUAGAGGUGUACCUAAGGAAGAGCUUCUCGGCAAGUAUGAAGAAGUAGAGAAGUACUACCAGCGGGCUCUAGAAAUAUAUGAAACCAAAUUGGGUCCAGACGACCCCAAUGUUGCGAAAACCAAGAAUAACUUAGCGUCAGCCUACCUCAAGCAGGGCAAAUACAAGGAGGCUGAGAUUCUCUAUAAACAGGUGCUGACCCGAGCUCAUGAGCGCGAAUUUGGUGCCAUUGAUGGUGACAACAAACCCAUCUGGCAAGUAGCAGAAGAGCGUGAAGAAAACAAAAAUAAGGUGAAGGAUUCGGCCCCAUAUGGAGAAUAUGGUGGCUGGCACAAAGCUGCUAAAGUAGAUUCUCCCACUGUCACCACAACCCUCAAAAACCUUGGAGCGCUGUAUCGUCGACAGGGCAAAUACGAAGCUGCGGAGACCCUCGAGGAUUGUGCCAUCCGGUCACGUAAAGAGGCCGUCAGUCUGGUCAAGGAUGGGAUAACUCCAGAAGGCAACCGGCGACUAUCUGCUUCACGAGACAGACUCCGAAGGGGGUCACGAGAAUCGCUCAACUCUGCUGAGUUCGAUGCCAACGACGAUUAUGAGUACGGUCGUCUGCGGAGGUCCAGUUCUUUCUCCAAGUUACGGGCUUCCAUAAAGAAAUCUAGUGCCAAGUUGGUACACAAGCUGCGGGGCCGUUUGGAAGUAGAGAACGAGGACAGUGAAGCAAGAAUGAAGCGAGCAAGUUCAAUGUCCGUUCUUAGUGGAGAGGAUUGUAAUAAAGAGAUACUAGUGGUGCCUCUGGCUCUUCGUGGUCGUGCAGUAAGCUCCGAACAUCUAUCCCGACCAGUUGCUUCUGCCUCACUUGGCCUUCGUUAGAACCUGUGGAAAUGUUGAUUUCUUCGUUAUCUUACUCCAGUUUUCAUCAUGUUUCUGAAUAGCUUUAGCAAAAGCAGGAUUAUUAAUGUCCUGGCUUUGCUGCUAAUUAUCAAGGCCGUAAACUGUCCAAUUAGUAAUCAUAAGGAGAGAAGGGGGGACGGGGGUGGGAUAUCCUUAUAUUGUGCAUGGUCCUAGGAGAUGUAGUUCCUCCCCACCCCCCUGCCCAACUGCUUUGGAUUUGCUAAUGUUGAUUCUGCAAUGUCCAAAGUGUUGGAUUGAGCCAGUAAAGAAUAAUUACAGAUUUCAUAUGUCUUACUCUUGAAAGGAAAAUAUACUCGCUGAUGUAGUUCUGUACCAUUGCUUCAGUAACGUGGUACACGGAGACGUGGAUUCCAUGCAUAAUGAUUACUUUAGUCAACCGCUGUCAAAAGAGACAAUAUUUGCUCAGCGAAUGGCAGGCAGUAGCCCCUGGUCACACUGCACAGAGAAAGGAGAGGAGAGGCCCCUGGUUUUAAUUGAGUUGUAUUUGCACAGACAUAACUUUUGAUCUAUUGCCUGGCUGCAGUAGAUGGUGACUUAAGGCAAAGCAAUUGAUUGUGACGGAAUCAUUGAGAAUAGUGUAAGAGUGUCGGCCUAGCAUAGAUGUUGGUGUCUUGAUUUCAUUGGGAGGCGCAAGUGGCACCACUUUUGGCAGUGAGGUCUGGGUUCGUUGGUGGGCACGCCAAAGGAGUUAAUUUUCAUUGGAGUGACAUCGUGGACAAGCAUCGAGUAGUGAAGGAAAAAAGUAACAUACUGUGUUAUAGUCUACACAAACAUAUGCAUACACUGUGUAAUUGUGUAUGUAUGUGAAUAUAUAUACAUAUAAAUAUGUAUUUAUACUUGUGUAUACUGACUUCAUAAAUGCUUAUAUGUAUGUACAGGUAUAUGUAAAUGCAUAUGUGAAUAUGAUAAUAUACAUGUGUGUGCAACAUAUAUAUUUAUAUGUAUAUAUAUACAUAGUUUGGCUUAGGAUGUAUGUAUUUGUAUAUUCACAUAUAUAUACACUUGACACAUUCAUAUCUAUUAUUUCAGAGCCUUAACAACUAGCAUGUUUCAGAAGUUUUCAUCUAUAGCCUUAGCGAUAUUAUGUCAAAAGAGGAGAAACCUUUUGCCAUAAUCAUGUAAUGCAGUUUUGAUGAGUUUGCACUUGUAAUCACGAAAGCCAAAUUUUAGUGCAAUUUCAUGUUAUUUGUGGUAAAUGUGCAUUGAGGGGUUAUUUCGUUUGAAAUGUCAUGAUUGUAUUAUGCUUUUAUAUUGAUAUAUAGCAGAAGAAGAAGAAAAGUAAUGAAAUCCAAAAAAUGCAUAAUGAAAGGUGACAUUUUGCAUUCCAUGAUGAUCUUGAUAUAGAUAUCUAGUCUUUUUAUUUAUUUACUGAACUUAUGCAUUCUUGUUUUGUACACAUUUGAUUUGACCUCAAACAUUCUCUGUAUAUUUACAGACAUUUGUCUUCUCAGACAGAUGCUGUGCAUGUUAAUCUCUCUCCAUUUUCUUAGUCUCCUACCCUCAUAACCUCUGCCCCUUUCAUUCUUUCACAGUAUUUAUUGCUUUAUACAUAUCUACUUGUACAGGCACAUACACAUACUAUUCGAAUACUUCUUGUAUAUCUUGAGUUAACGACAUGCAGUCAUGUGGUUAAAAGUCAAUCUUUUUUUUGUGUGCAGGGUCUGCAUUUUGUAUAUUUUCAUGUUUAUUACUUACUGUAGAUAUUUGUUGCAUUAAGAUUUAAGAUUGAAUUUUUUAUAUUGAAACAUUAUAAAAAAAAUGUUUGUACAGUAGAUCUGCUGAGCAAAAUUCUUGUACCACAGCUUGUGUGUGUGUGGGAGGUCAUUGUAUGGUGGGGCUAAAUAGGGAAAGCCCUUGCUGCUUUUCAUGUAGCUAUGGAAGUGGAUCUAUUUUUAAAACCCUCAAAACUUUCCAGGUUAAGCAUCAGUUUGGAGGAAAUAGGGGUAGGUUUUGUAAUUUCUUGGUCGUUGCAAUUGUGUUGAUGUAAACAGAAGAAUUGGGAAUGGUCCAAACACAGGGUAAAUGUAUUGCAAGGGGAGUUGCAGACUUCUAAGCUUAUUGCACAAUUAACCAGAAAAGUCUGAUGAUUUAUUAAUGAUGAUGUUCAUGAAGAUUUUGUAAUGAUAAAGACUGUGAUUUUCCUACUUGAGCAAUGGUUGUCAGUAGUUACAUUAAGUCAGUAAGUGGUAUUUUAAUAAUUGUCAAAUUUUCAUCACCUUGCACAGGUUACAGUGAAGGUGUGUACAUGUAUGCAAACGUGUGAGUAUAUGCAACUUUAAUGGAAAAUUAGGUAAGAAGAGAAAUAGUGAACUAUGAGGUUCAAGGGAGGGAGGGGGGACUAUUCAGAGCUUCAGCACAUCAUCUGUUUGAACAUUUACGACCCAAAUUUUUGGUUGGCUUUUUGUCUGCUUUUGUCUGUGCAUUCCCACAGUGACACAGCAUCCAGUGUAGGAAAAUUAUCAAUAAACAACUUGAUGGCUUAAA